UUCAAAUGCAGUUGGGAGAAUUUGUGAUUGUGUUCCCUUGGAGGUGAUUUACAAUAAAUGUUUUCUCUAUUUCUAUCGUAAAUUAAAAGCUUCAUAAAAAUAUCCAUCAAAAUAAUUCAAAAAUCAACUGAUAAACUUGCUGUCUGGCAGCACUGGCACAUCCAAUGAUUUGACAGCUACGCUUCAACACACCAAUACAGCCACGCCGAGAAAAAGCAAGAUUGUUUAUUUCUUUGUGCAGUGGACAAUAAAAACAAUUCCAUCGCAGCAGUCGCCCGUUCACCACGCCAUGUCGUAUCUAUCGAAUUUUAACGCCGAAACGGGCAAAACCAUACUGGUGGACAUCCUCAAAACGGUCAACCAGCCGGAUAACUCGAAAAAGCUCGCCGAAGCCAAGUCCAACUCGGGCAAGGAGAUGAUCAAGAUGAUGCAGAACGUCUUCCCGCUGGUGAUGCAGAUCCAGAUCGAGGUCAUCAAGGACUACGGCUUCCCGGGCAACCGGGAGGGGCUGGUGCAGUUCGAGCAGAUCAUCCGCGAGUUCGAGCGGGAGGAGGUGGACAUUGCGCGGCUGCGGGCCCAGAUACGCUCGAUCUAUCUACCUCCGAUCAACAUUAACAGCACCAACGACGUGCUGAUAUAGGACUGUGGCCGUCUCCAGCGAGACUCCCGGAAGACGGUGCAUUUAAGACUGAGGAUUAGGACGGUCGGACGGCCAGCGAAAACCCUAUACAACUGCCAGUGUGUAGUAUUAAUGCAGCGAAACCAUAUUUACGGUCUAAUUUACAGUGACGUGGCCAUGCGGCAGAAGUAUUGGAUAGUUCCAGCGUAAGGUUAAAUGGUCCUAACGUAAUGGUUUUCUAUACUUUUAUUACUCUAACCUUACUUCAUAGCUUCCUCCGUUUUUUUUUUUAAAUUAUUAUAAGUGAUAUCUUAUUUACAUCGUUCUUGCGUAUGUAUUGCGAACAAAUUGUGGCGUAAACCAGACAGUGCCCUAAACGCCAUUGUGUAUUUUAUGGUUCAAAAUAAAAGGAAAUAAAUCGAUUUUA